ACCUUUGCAGUCACCCACCCAAUGGAGGAAUACAGAUUCCUGGAUCACCUUGGCAUAACCAAUGUUCAACUAGAGACCUUACCAGCAUCCCAAGGCCCUCCAAACCACAUCAACCCACCAGGUGUCAAACCACCCACGCUCUACCUGCACAUUGAGGAACCUCCCCCAUAUUGUUUGCCUGCUAACCUGAUCACCUAA